AUGACUCGCGAGGUGGACGAAACCAUGAUCUGGGACUUGGGCUCAGAAGCAGGGAACGAGUUUCUAGACGCUGUGAACGAGCUGAGAGUGUUGAUAGACGGAGGAACAACAGAGGAGGUCUCUCUGAGAAAAGCUCACGACGUUCUCCAAACGGCAAUGGCGAGGCUUGAAGACGAGUUCAAGCAUCUUCUCUCGGAGAACAAGUUACCAUUCGAGCUCGAACACGCUUCCUUUAGGUCCGAUCUUGUCCUGGAAGAAGGCUCUUUCGGCGCUGCGUCCACUGAGGAUCUGAUUAUAGGAAGCAGUAGAAGAAACUCAGAGGAGAUUGUAAUCGAUUUGAUUAGACCUGAGGUUAUAUCAGAUCUCAAGAGCAUUGCCACCACCAUGAUUGCUUCGGGGUACGACCGGGAGUGUCUCCAGGUGUGUACAACGGUUAGAAAAGAGGCUCUUGACGAGUUUCUCUACCACCACGAGGUCGAGAAGCUGAGCAUUGAAGAUGUUCUGAAGAUGGAUUGGGCUACGUUGAAUACAAACAUCAAGAAAUGGGUUCGCGUGAUGAGAAGCAUCGUGCAGAUGUACUUAGUUAGCGAGAAGUCUCUGAACGAUCAGAUCUUCGGGGAGGAGGAGGAGGAGUCUGUGACGUGUUUUGUCGAUACGGUGAAGGCUCCUGUGAUGCAGCUGCUUAACUUCGGUGAAGCUGUCUCUCUCGGUCCGCGGCAGCCCGAGAAACUCCUCAGGAUCCUCGAAAUGUACGAGCUGGCGUCCGAGCUAUUACCAGAGAUUGAUGUACUCUUCUCUGAUAAUCAGCUCGGCUCCUCCUUGAGAGGGGAGUACAGAGAAGUGAUGAGGAGGCUCGGGGAAUGCGCGAGAGCGACGUUUCUCGAGUUCAAAAGCGCUAUUGCCUCUGAUGUUUCCUCUCAUCCUUUCCCUGGAGGAGCGGUCCACCCGCUUACUAACUACGUCAUGAACUACCUCAUGGCGUUGACGGACUUCAGCCAGACUCUUGACUCGCUUCUCAUGGAGCAUGAUGAUGUGGAAUAUCUCUCAAUACCUCCGUUGCCGGAUGUUAUCAAUCCGGCGAUGGUGGUUGAAGAAGAGUCUGCUUACGAGAACUCUUCUUCGCCGGAGAAGUUUUUGGCGAUGACUAAGCAUUUCUACUCUAUUACAUCGGUUCUUGAAGCUAACCUUGAAGAGAAAGCGAAGCUGUACAGAGACGUCUCUCUGAGGCACAUCUUUCUCCUGAACAACAUACAUUACAUGACCAGGAAAGUGCUCAAGUCCGAGCUGAAGCAUAUCUUUGGCGACAAGUGGAACAGGAAACAUGCGUGGAAGUUUCAGCAGCAAGCGACUGAGUACGAACGCUCCACCUGGCUCCCUGUCCUGUCUUUCCUCAAGGAUGAUGGAGGUUCAGGUUCUGGAUCAGGUUCAGGUUCAGGUUCAAGAAGCUUGCGGCCUAGGGAGAGGUUUCAAGGAUUCAACACUGCGUUUGAGGAAGUGUACAAGGCGCAGACCGGGUGGCUGAUCUCGGACGAGAGGCUGAGAGAAGAUGUGAGGACGAAGGCGUCGAUGUGGGUGAUACAAGCGUACCGGUCGUUUUACAGUAGGCACGAGAACAGAGUGAGUGAGAGGUAUAUCAAGUACAGUACUGAUGAUUUUGAGAAGCUUUUGUUGGAUCUCUUCGCUGGUUCUUCUAAAUCCUUGAACAAUUCUUACAGAAGAUGAGUGAUUAAACUUUAUGUUAAUAUUAUUUGACCUUGUAAUAUUUAUAUUCAUCAUUUCAUGAAUAUGUUUUAGUGGAAUAAAGGUUGACAUUUA